AUGAACGAGAGAUCAAACGAAACUAAUCCGAACACUUCUUCUGAUAAAAACCCAUUGAAUAUAAUUCGGAUUUUAUUUUCCUUAUUAUUAAUAGGUGAUCUUGUAUGAGGGGUGUAUUUGAGCACAUACUUAUUUUUUAUAUAUUUCACAAAUUGAGGACUUACCUGCAUUGCAAUAUUUUACAUCAUUUCUGUGCUUUCAAUUCGGAUAAAAAAAUUGGAGCCAAGUGUAAGGAUUUUGUUUGAGACUUCAUGGGCAUUAGAAUGGUGCGUAAGUAUUGUCUAUUGGUCAGCUGUGGCUCCUGCUGAUCGUUUAGACGUUAUGUCAGCUAUCCUUGCUCAUACAGUGCCACUGUGCACACUUCUUAUUGAUUUUUGCUUAAAUGAAAUAAUAUUUGUGAGAAAGCAUAUACUAGACAAUAUAAUUACAAUUGGGAAAUACCUAUUUUUUUUAUAGAAAAAAGAAUUGGCUGUCUGUUAAAUAAGCUCUUUGUCUAUUAUAGGGCUGGGGAUUUCCACCCCUAACUGCUCAGAGUUCCCAAAGGAUCCCAUAGAUAUCCUUUCUCGCAGCUACAGGGAAGAGAUUUGCUACGAACGAUCUUGAAUUUCAUAAUACUGGAGCCUGGCCAACCACCUGGGUCUAAACUCCCAGUUUAUUGUUCAGCAAAUGUCGCCUCUUGAGCGAGGGAUUUAUCUUCCACUUGGGGCUUUUGGCGAUUCUGCCCUUUCCAUGAUGGUCUCAGAGGUAAAAUUUCAAGGUCCCAGGAAUUAGCUCCCUAGGGCUCUAAAAAAGCCUAGCCCUACAUACAUAAAGGAUUACCGGCCUCUAUCUGCCCUUACUUUCACACUGGGCGGUUCCUGCCUGUGUUGAAGAAAUCGGUUCAGGAGUUCAGGUGGUUUGUCGUCAUCAUUUUUAUUUAUAUGGCUAUCUGAUAAUAAUUCAACCAUUCUUUUAUGAAAGGAUAUUAUUGUCCCUAUAUCAAUUAGUACUAUUUAUUUAUUUUGUGUUAAUUUACCAUAUACAUUGGCAUUAAAACAUAUUUAUCCUUUAAUUAAUUAUACAGACGUCUGAACUUAUUUACUUAUUCCAGCUAUGUUGCUUAUUGAAAUCAUUUCAUUUGAGCUAGCCCUUCAAAUAAAAAGAAAAAUAGUAAAAAAUAAACAAGAAAGGAAAAAGAAUUCACAAGCUGGCAGAGAUCAAGCUCUUAUGGAUCAAAUAGCAACUGAAGUAGUUCCUAAUUUUAUAGUUGUCUCUUAUUCCCAUCCUCCGUAAGCGAACUAAAAAAAUCUUAUUCUCUUAUGGAGGGGGGUUAAUUUGUUUUUAAAAAAUCCCACUUCUCAAAAAUUGGAAAGCAAAUAUUAAUUUAAUUUGUGAAAUUUAUGUUUUAAAACGUAAUUUGUUUUAAAUUAAACAGAGAUUUCAUGAUACAAGUGAUCAUUUAUAUACCUUUUUUUUCAUAAAAAAUUUUACUCGCACACAUGAGGGUGGAUUUUUGGUCAAAAAAUAUGGAUUUUUCUAAUGGUUUUGUUCGCUCACGGAGGGGGGAGUUAG